CUAUAAAAUGGCUUCCAACGAAAUGAGUUUGGAAGGAAAUCCUGUUCUUGUGAAAAAGAAGCUUUUCGUGUCUGACUGUGAUGACGUUGAAUGGAGAUAUAAAAAAAUUAAUAAUUUCAAAUAUUGGUUACUUUAUAUUUCAGUUUGGAGUUUACUAAUUUUCGUUGUGUAUUGUAGAAUCACAACACAACCGGAAAAACAAGACUCCGCAUUUUAUGGGAUGUGUUCUGUAGCAUCUAGCUUCCAAAAUUUCAAGUUGACCCUACAGAAUUUUGUGGUUACAAACAUUAAACAGGCUUAUCAUUUUGCAGAGCUGAUGAUUUCAGAUACUCUGUUAGCAUUAGGAACUGGAAUAACUGUAUCUCUCUUCACAUGGAUGAUUAUUUACUUAGAUAGUUGCCAGCCUGGGAUUCAGCCACCCUCACCACUCUCUCCAAGGAAGAUCAGGGCUUCUUCUGGACACACAUUUCAUACUGGAUAUAUUUUGGCUCUGGUAAACGGAGUUUUGUUCUCAGCACUUGCCUUGAUAUGGUGAGAAGAUGCUGUGUGAUGUGCCAGUCAAGAUAUGACAUUCUUUUGUCUGACAUAGGUUUUUGGUGUAUUAAUCUGAUCAUGAUAUUUAAAAGUAAAAAAAUAUAUUUCUUUCUCAAGUAAUACUGUCUGAAGUUCCAAGAAUAGCCUUCAGAUUUAGUAAAUAGUGUGAUUGUAGGUAUUCAUUGUGGUAACAGAUAAUUAGAAACAAUACUUUCUAAAUUUGUCUAUGGUAUGUGAGAUACAGCUGUGUUGAAGAAAGCUGCAACAUUGGUGUUUUCCUGCUUUAAUAUCUGCUUCAGUAUAGGGAAGCAUGUAUUACAUAUUAAUUUUACAGUUUGCAGUAUAGUUAACAGUUGCAAAGUGUGAACAGAACUUUAAAAGAAAAGUGAUGUAUUAAAUGUUAAAAAAAUUGUUUUUUAAGUUUUAUUUAGAUGUUGAAAUUUAUAUAUAUUUAAUGUUGUUUUAGAAACAUGGGAAAAAGAAUGGCUGUCUUUGUAGAAUGUUUUUAAUAACACUUGCAGUGCAAGCUUUAUUUCUUCUCUACAUUAUACAAUUAUUGGUAUUUUUGUCUGUACUUAAUAUAGAAUAUUUUAAAAAUUUUUAUCUUUUUCAUAAGUUAGAUUUUUAUAAUUAGUGA